AUAAAGGAUACACAGACACUCGGUUUCUUUCUCCCAAGUCCAAAAUUUCAUAACUGUUUCUAUUUGUAUUUCUACGGCAGUUCAAAUGGUAUUACUCCAAUCAUCACCAUACAAACUUCAACCUUACUCUCAAUUCCAACACCAUUUCUCCUCAUUACCACAAACUCUCUUUACCCAUCAAAAUAAAUUUGCCAAAUUUUCAAUCUCUUCACUGCAAAUACCCAGUAAUUAUCUUAGCUCUGUGAAUGGAGCAAAAACAAUAAGAAGUUCAGUGCCCUUAAAAAAUGAAAUUCCCACAAAUGCCCUUCGUAGAAAAGAAGACCCACUUUGGAGGGGAGGCUUCAGUUUAGGGGUAGAUUGGGGAUUGUCUCAUACUGGUCUUGCCCUCAGCAAAGGCUUCUCCUUUCGUCCUUUAACUGUGCUGAAUUUGAGAGGGGAUAAGCUUGAGCUUCGUCUUAUUGAUAUUGCAGAAAAAGAGGAGGUAGAUGAAUUUAUAAUAGGAUUGCCAAAAUCAAGUGAUGGAAAUGAGACCCCUCAAUCUAAUAAAGUUCGUAGUGUUGCAGGAAGGCUGGCUGUUAGGGCUGCUGAAAGGGGCUGGAGAGUAUAUUUGCAGGAUGAAUAUGGCACAUCAGUUGAAGCAAUUCAUCGAAUGAUCAAUACGGGUGUUAACAAGUCUGGACGUGAUGGAAAAAUCGAUGCCUAUGCAGCUAUGAUGGUCCUAGAGAGAUAUUACUCCAAGUUCGGUGAAGAAACUGAGCUUGUAUGGCCGAAGAAUUUAGAAUUACAAGAGAAGAUUCGGAAGGGUCCUCCCGAAGAUGUUGAUUUCCUGUCUUGAAUUGUUACACUACCAUGUGAGCAAGCCCAUACGCAUCAAGCGGAAGUUUGAGAGCAGAAGAGAGAUAUCCAUACCUAAAAAUCUAGAUACAUGGAAGUGUUCUCAAUUGGUGUGAAAUCUGAAGAGGUCCUAAGAAAAGAAAAACUCAGCAAGAAAGGGUCCAUAUUCAACCUCGAUUGAUCAUUUAGAGAAGCAUCGCCAUCUAGUAAAGCAUUCAAUGAAUACCAGCUAGUUCUUGAUUUCUAUUGACCAGCGCUGAUAGUUUUAUGCGGAUAAAUAUACGUACAAUCUAUUUAAUUAUGUUCAUUGUCUAUUUAUUGCUUGAAAGUGGUAAUUGUAAAGUAAGCAACUUGAUGUCAUCAAGUUUCAUUAUGAAUCUGUGAUGAUGUCUGUUCAGACUAUUUUUUAUGGUAUAUACAACAGUAGCCAGAAUUGACAACCUAAA